CGUCAGGCUGGGAGCUCGUUGCUUCUUGGGCAGGAGGCGCGUUGCAGGAGCCGGACAGCAUCGUUGCCACGUGCUGAGCCCCGCGAGCUUCAGAGCCGGAGCCCGAGCGCUGGAAAUGGUUUUGGUGAGAGGUCAGUGACUGUCAUGUCAGGAUGGCAAAAAUUAGAACCAAAGAAUCAAAAGCCCUAGCAGGCAACUCCACAAGUAUAUCAGAAAAUUUAAAAAAACAACACAGGAAGGAGAAGAAGAAAACAUUGUUUUGGAAAAAGAAAAUCAAAGGGGCAAGGAAGAAAGCACAAAAGGAUUCCAAAGCCAUGGCAGAUAUGCCUCCGAAAAAUCCCCAGGAAGUUUCGUGCAACUGGAAGGCCUUGCAGGAGCUUCUGAAACCAAAGGCUGCUGUUCUGGAUUCCGUUCUUACUGCCCCCAGCACAUAUUCCAAGGGAAAAAACAAGGCCACAGAAGAAAGAGCUGCCCUCAAAAUGCCAAAGGUAAAUGGAAGUGAGAGGAUGCUGGCAUCCAAGCCUCCAGAAAAGGCCAAGAAGAAUCAGGCCGAACCUUUUGCUCAUCCAGUUUCUGCAAGCUCUGAAAAGCCUGUACAUGGAAAGAACUCGCACCAGGCCCAGGAGGAUGGAAAAGAGCCCAAGGGAGGCUAUAGAAAGGACAAUGUGGAGAGGAUAUAUGGGGACAUUAAACAGAAAAGAAGGAAAGCAGAAGAAGAAGUGGAACCAAAGCCAGCAGAUAUCUGGUUUGAUGAUGUUGAUCCUGAUGAUAUUGAAGCAGCCUUGGGUCCAGAAGCAGCAAAAAUUGCCCGAAAAAAUCUGGGCAUCCCAGAAGUCAGACCCCAGCAGUUAGCAGAAGAAGCACUGGUUAAAGAAAAGGCUUUUGAAGGCCUAACCAAAGCUGUGGCCAUGGACUGUGAAAUGGUGGGUGUGGGGCCCACAGGCAAAGACAGCAUUGUGGCCCGUGUGUCCAUUGUGAACCUCUUUGGCAAGUGUGUUUACGACAAGUAUGUCAAGGCAAUGGAAAAAGUGACAGACUACAGGACGGCCGUCAGUGGGAUUCGCCCUGAAAACCUAAAGACAGGUGAGGAUUUUAAAAUCGUUCAGGAGGAAGUGGCCAGCAUCCUAAAAGGAAGAGUCCUUGUUGGUCAUGCUCUCCACAAUGACUUAAAGAUCUUGUUCCUUGACCACCCCAAGAAGAAAAUCCGGGAUACACAAAGAUACAAGCCUUUCAAACAAGAGGUCAAGAGUGGGAGGCCAUCUCUGAAGCUGCUCUGCGAGAAACUGCUGAAUGUGAAGGUGCAAGCUUUCGAACAUAGUUCAGUUCAGGAUGCCCAAGCAGCCAUGAGGCUGUACAUGAUGGCGAGGAAGCAGUGGGAAGCCUCGUUCAAAGAAAAAUCAAAGACCAAGAAAUAAUAAAUCUGAGUAUCUCUGGAUAUGUCCUGCUCGCUGUACUAACCAGCACUGACUGAGUAAAAAUAUCAGUUGUCAAGCUGGCCUUUCCCCUUGGACGCUUUUGUUUGCCCUUGGUCAGCUACCAUACAGAAAUUACUCCAAGUUAUUCAGUUAUGAAACCCUUCUAUUUGCUUCUGCAACUGACAGCUUCCUGGAGCCUCUGUCAUAAGCUCGAGAAACACAAUGAAACACAAUGAUUUCCUUACCUUACCUGGAACAGUUAACUGUGUCCUGGGUGCCUUAAAAUUUGCUACUGUAUUUGAUAUACCAUUCAAGGAUAGCACAAGCCCAAGAACCAAACUAGUGUGUCACCUGCCACUCUGAGGAAGUCUAUGAUUUCUCUCCAUAAAUGCUCUGAAAAGAGAGAAAUAGCUGCCUCUACCCACAACCCCGCUUUUGAAGAUAGUGUGCUUGUUUGCACAUAGAGCUGACUGUACUAUUAUAAUGAAAAUAUAUGAAUAUUUAUCCAGCUCGACAUAUCAUUGAGCGCCUGUUGAGAUAAAUCAGGUUCCUGCUUUCAAACAGGCAGAUGAAAUUAGACAACUUGUUCCCCCCUAAAGUGAAACAUGAGCCAGCCAAAAUGUUAAUAUGGCUUAUGUACCAGCAGAUGGGAACCAGCAGGGCCCAGGGCAUUGUUGCUGGACAAUGAAUGAAUUGUUUGAAAGGUGAACAGCUGUAGCAAGCACACCUCAGGCAUCAGUUUGGUGAACAUACAAAGCUGUCAGAAGUUAAAGAGGAGCCUGGAGCCAUUGGCCUGAGUGGCUGAGGAAAUCUAUGUAAACUUCAAAAUCUAUGUAAACUUGUAUAUGUGUAAGCUGGAAACACAAUAAGCCAUGAAAAUAGAGGCACUUCAUGUUUCUGGUGACAACUUUGCUUGUAAACACUGAUAAUCAGUUGGCUUACAAUUCCUUUCAGGUCACCACCUGCUUUCUCUCACUAGCAUCCAGAGAAAUAGUUCUGCAGGCAGAAAGGGGAGCCUUAGGCAUGAUUUCUCGCUCUUCAAAUAGCAUUAUCCACCGUGUAUGGCAAACUGCUUUUGAAAGGGGUGGGUUUUAAGAGCAAGUAAAAAUAAAAGUACUGUAUAUUCCUGCGUAUAAGACUACUUUUUAACCCAGGAAAAUCCUCUCAAAAGUCGGGGGUCAUCUUAUACGCCGGGUCGUAUUUCUUAUAUGGUGAGUAUAUCCCAAACUCUUUAUUUUAACUGGAAAAGUUGGGGGUUGUCUUAUAUGCCCAGUCGUCUUAUACACUGGAAUAUACGGUAUGUGGAUCAGCAAAAAUCCCCAAAAUUAAUUGGAUUAGUUAAAUAUCUGCAUCUGAAACUGAAUACCUCUGCAGCAACACAGAUCAAGGGACAAAGUAGAUGCCUUGAUUGGAUUUCCUAAUUUUUAAAAUAGCAUUGACUAACAAACUGAAGGACCACAUGUUCUCAUCUGGUAUUCAUAUUUAUUGACUGUUUUGUAAAACAAAAGUGUAUAGAAGGUUUAAGAUUUUCCUGAAAUAUGGCAGGUUUCUUGAAUGCUGUUGCUGACUGACAAAUAGUGCAAAGAAGCAAUCUUCUAGAGUGAGACUUGUCUCAUUUCAGGCAGGAGCCCUGCAGGUAGGGGUAAAAGAUACAUGCUUUAAAGAAUACUUCUGAAGAUUCAGAGCUUUCAAAAUAAAGAGCUGAAGUUUGUGUUUUGA